AUGCGUUCCUUCAUCGUCUCAUUCUCGGCCUUCGUCGCUGCCCUCUCCCUCGUCAUGGCCACUGAGGACCCGUGCUCUCAGAUGUGCUCCAAUGUGAGUGGCUGUGCAGGCUCGAAAUACGGAUCUUAUUGCAAGUCCUGGGUAACUCCUUCCGUCUGCUUCGGCUUGAUCAAGAAGAGUGACGGUUCUAUUUGUUUCGAGCCCACUGAUUCCAACUGUGUUGGGGAGCCCCUGGCCUGCAGUAUCCAACCAACAAUCGCGCCUGCUACUACAACUCAGCAUACUACUACUGCUCAUAGGAGCACGACUACGACCACUACCGCUGCCGCUGCUACGACCACUACCGCUGCCGCUGCUACGACCACUACCGCUGCCGCUGCUACGACCACUACCGCUGCCGCUGCUACGACCACUACCGCCGCCGCUGCUACGACCACUACCGCCGCCGCUGCUACGACCACUACCGCUGCUGCUGCUAUGACCACUACCGCCGCUGUUGAGACUACCACAACUGCUUCAACCACUACAGAGCCUGUGACUACUACGACAGUUGAGAUGACUACUACUGGAGCCACGACUACGAUUAAAGUAACCACAACUACUCAGACGGUGGGUCUCAAUGGUAAUUACUGCGGUAACUUGUACGGUCAAGACUUCAGCGUUGACUUUGAAUCUGGACGCGCCACUCUGAGUGUUCUCGGCCAGACUGCCGGAUGCGACUAUCAAGUAGAUGGUACUGAUAUCAUCUUCUCCAACUACGACGAUGUUCUCCAGAAGUUGAUGGAUAUGUUCCACAUAAAGAAGAUCCAGGGUACGAUUGUGAGUCCGACUGAAAUUCACAUCAAGGCUGGUCUACUGAUCAAUACUACCCUUACUCAGUGCUAG